GUUGCAACAGAAAAAUAAACCGAGCCAAGCGCGUUAAAAAGUGAAUGCGACAGGACACGUAAACACCAAUUAAUCACGAUUAGUGAGGGAGUGAGAAUCCCUCUUCCAAAUCUGACACUACAAAAUAUUCACCAAUUCCCAGUUCCGUGGACUGCAGCACCCUUAGAUUUCGUUACCAAGGAGAAGGAGAAGCGCCCGAAGCGCAAUAAAAUGGAUAUGUACAUUCGUGUUAAACGUAGUAAGACAACCUACUUCAUCAGGUGCAAGCCAUCUGAUAAAAUUCUUGACAUAAAACAGAAGUUGCAAGAACUUGUUGAUCAGCCAGCUAAUAAUCAACGGUUAAUUCUACCUGUUACUGGAGAAGUAUUAGAAGACUCUAAGACUCUGGCAGAUCAAAAGGUUGAAAAUGAUGCUGUCGUUGCACUGACCUUGAGAAAAGAUGAUAAUGAGUUUGAGGAGGUCAACAUUGUCCGGCCAAAUGAUUUCUACCAAGCUCGGGAUGCGGAUGGUGCCAAUUGGUAAAGCCAUACUCCAACAAUGGCUGGCUCACAAUUAAUGGUGGUAUGAUGAAAUCCAUAGUGGCUCAGAAAACAUUUUCAAACGAUUGAUGAAAUGACAUGCUUGUUUGUAUAAUACUGAAUUUAUUGCCUUAAGAGAAUAUGACACUUUCUUUUCUUUGGUAAAAUGAAGAAUUAAGGGAGGCAAGUUACAUCACUAUCAAAGUGCCUGUCCACUGGUGUGCAUAAGUGCAAUGAUUUUAUAUCAUGUUAAAUCAAAUUUGUUUAAGGUCUA